AACAACAAGCUCGAGCCGCCGUAGCAACAACGUCCAGACUGCUGUUGCACUCUUUAUGGUACAGUUGUCCAUCAAACUAACAAACUAGAGCUAUUUAACGGCUGACAAAAACAAGAAGUAUGAAGGAACAGACGCGGUUUUUCCUUUGGCUGCAACUUUUUACAGCUUGUCUGGUGUUUGGGGUAAACGGUGAUUUCUGUGAGGUGAACGUGUGCACUAAUGGUGGGACCUGUGUGACCGGGGCAGGGUCUCCAUUCAUCUGCAUCUGUCCUGAUGGCUUCUCUGGAGAAACCUGCAAUGAGACUGAGUCUGGACCUUGCAACCCCAAUCCAUGUAAGAAUGAUGCCAUCUGUGAGGUGACGGGCCACUCCCGCCGAGGUGAUGUCUUCAGCGAGUAUGUCUGCAAAUGCCAGCCAGGCUUUGAUGGAGUUCACUGCCAGAACAGUGUCCAAGGUGCAGAUUUAAAUUCAAAAAAAGAUGUAAAUGACUGUGCUGGACAGCCAUGUGAGAAUGGCGGUACCUGCAGAGACCUGGAUGGAGAUUUCAAAUGCCACUGCCCUUCCCCUUAUGUAGGAAAACACUGCCAACUUCGCUGUAUUUCUCUUCUCGGCAUGGAGGGAGGGGGCAUUGCCGAGUCACAGAUCUCAGCCUCAUCAGUCCGCUACAGCCUACUGGGCCUGCAGCGCUGGGGCCCUGAGCUUGCCCGCCUCCACCACAAGGGACUGGUUAAUGCCUGGAGUGCUGCUGCACAUGACAAGAACCCAUGGAUACAAAUCAACAUGCAAAGAAAGAUGCGCUUCACAGGAAUUGUGACACAGGGCGCCAGUCGCAUGGGCACAGCUGAGUUUAUCAAGGCGUUCAAGGUGGCCUCCAGCCUGGACGGCAGGACAUACACCAUGUACAGAACAGAUGGACAGAGAAAAGACUAUGUUUUUGUGGGGAACAUGGACAAUGAUGGCACCAAGACUAACAUUUUUGACCCCCCGAUCAUUGCCCAGUACAUCCGCAUCAUUCCCGUUGUGUGUCGUAAGGCUUGCACUCUGCGCAUGGAGCUGGUGGGCUGUGAACUCAACGUGUAUUCAAACGCUUCAGGUUGUUCAGAGCCAAUGGGCAUGAAGUCCAGAUUGGUGUCUGAUCGCCAGAUUACGGCCUCCAGCACCUUCCGCACCUGGGGCAUCGAGGCCUUCACCUGGCACCCUCACUACGCCCGGCUGGACAAACAGGGCAAGACCAACGCCUGGACUGCUGCUACCAACAACCGAUCUGAGUGGAUACAGGUUGACCUUCAGUCUACCAAGAAGAUCACAGGAAUCAUCACACAGGGAGCCAAAGACUUUGGCUCUGUCCAGUUUGUCACAGCCUUCAAAGUCGCCCACAGUAAUGAUGGACAGUUGUGGACCAUAGUCAAGGAUGAGACCACAAAGACAGACAAGAUUUUCCCAGGCAACAGCGACAACAACGUUCACAAAAAGAACAUCUUUGAGCCGCCGUUCUAUGGCCGAUACAUCCGCAUCCUGCCGUGGGAGUGGCAUGACCACAUCACCCUGCGAAUGGAGCUUCUGGGCUGUGACGAGUAGCGUUGCCCCCCCCCCCCUCCUCUUCUCUACCUCCUUCCCCUCUCUUUGCUUUCCUCCCUUCCCUCUUAAUUCCCUCCUUUCUUUCUCCCUGCUGAGCCACACCUGCACUGCCUUGCUCUCAGCCCUAGAGGGCAGCAAACACCAGAGUAGCACACCACGACCUAAACCCUGGCUGGCCGGAGGUGGGAGUUGUUGCCCCUAACCAGUGUUACCAGAAGUCCACGUGUGCCCUCUGUUUUUGUUUCCUGAACUGAUCAUUCAUCUUUUCCACCUGAACCAAAUCUGGGAUCUUUUCAGGAAGCAGAUCUAUGGACAGAUAUGAUCCAAUCUAUUGGCAAAAUAUAAAUAAAAUUAUUGUGUCCCUAAUCCCCGUGUUUGAGGUCAGGGGUAACACGACUGCUGCUGUACCAGUUGGUGCUACCUGGACUCUGAUCUUAAAUCAGUUCUUUGUGGAACAUGGAACCUCCGAGACCCACAGCUGGUGAUGUAUAUACGCUCCAUUAAAACAGCUUGCACAUGUCCUUUAAAUGAACCCUUGAGCUCCCCUGAAGAAACACAGAAUAUAUAUUAUCUUUUGAAGUUACACUGAGGGUUAUGGACAAAACUUAAUCUGAACAUAAUAUCUAAUAAUUAAUAUAUGAUUAACAUAUUGGCAAAUAACCUGAUUUUUUUUAAUGUAUUUUUAUUUGAAAAACUACCAAAUUUACUCAUAACAAACUAAAAGCUUGUAAUAUUUUAAAUAAAUGUGAGACUGAAAAUCUCAAGGUCAGUCUUAGAGUAGUACUAGUCUUUCUCGCCAGUGGUUUAAAGAGUAAAAUUCUUAGUUUGUUACCUUUUGUUCCUUUUUGGGGCUGCUUUAAGAUGUUUAAUAUCUAUUUAAUAUCUAGUUCCAAGCUUUAGUAUAGCAGCCACUAACAGAAUAGUGUUCCUUUUUUGUACAAGAGUAAAUUCUUGACCUGGAUGCUUCAAAUAAAGAUGCAAUCCACACAUAUUUUUUUUUGCCAGCACAUCCUCAGGUUGUUGUUGUAUUUAUAAAAAUCUAGUAUAUGGUGCACUGGUGCUGACACACAGAACAGAAAGAGGAAUCAAAUAUGUUUAAGUCUCCAUCAUUACAAACCUAUAGAGUCACUUCGCUUGUGAUCUAAAAUACCUGAGGAGACACCCUGGUUAAGAUAUUUUAAACAAAAGACAACAGGUUUAAGAUAAUUAAGAGGGAAUUAAUAUAUGAAAGAAAAAAACAAUACUUUUUUCUUUAUUUGCAAAUCGUUCAAACACAUGCUGCAGUCAUUAGAGGUGAUAAAAUUUUUCAAAACGUUUUAGAUCACUCAGAAAAUGAUAUAUAUAUAUUUUUUUUACAGUUAUUGCAGUCUUUCAUGUGUUAUUAGCUAUAGCAGAUAUAUUUUACUUUUAUAAAGUCACAUUUGUGUUCUGGUUAUAAAAAUCUCAGAUCUGGACCCUCUACUCAACUUAUGUUUUACUGAAAUAACAGUAUUAAAUCAGUAAUAAAUCAAGAUAUAUGUAUUACCAGAUGCAAGCCUAAAACUAAACGAAUGUCAUCUCAGGUCAAGGUAGAUCUGCUCCAAAUGUACAGCAAAUGCUACUGAACACUCCUCUUUCACUCACUCACUUGGCCCUGCUUCUAGUCGUGUUCACACAGUUUCACUUUUUAUGGCACUUUUAUGUUCGUGUUUUGAAAGUAUUAAAAACCAAAAGUAAAAAAAAAACUGUGCUGUGCAUCGAAGAACAAACAUAGAUUUUGCUGUUAUGUGUAGAGAUAAGCAGCAGAGAAAUCAAGUUUGCAGUUCAGUGUCUUCGUUGGAUUAAACUGAGUUUUGAAAGUGGUGUGUGUGCGUGUGUAGGGGGGAAGGGGUUUGGGUUUAACAUUCAUAUACGCAGUACGUUUGUACUGGGAUCUGCCUGCGUCUGUAGACGCUAAUGUUUGCAGCAGAUCAUUUACUUUGGGUCCAGCAUUAUGCCUCCAGUUCAAAGCUGCAGCCCUGCUGAUAAGAUACCAAAUUAAAGCUGAUUUUAACGCUUCCACUGGACAUGACACAAGCCUCCAUAUCAUCAGCUUUCUGCCACCCUGUCACAGUAUUCUAAACCUCUCCACCCCAUGAAUUAUGAAUUAUGGGCUUGUGCAAUAUUAUACUGUGUUAGUUUUAAUGACAAUAAAUAUUAAUUCAGGAUCCCUAAAAAAUGCAUGAGGGGACAGCAGUGCCACUGAGAGGUCGCGGAUAGAUGUCGGUGUCAAACACUGUACAGUAUUUAUUAUCGGCGCAGAUGAUUCCAGCAGUCAGCCCUCUUAUCCACGUCUGCAUGCGUUUUAUUGGUUAAUAGUUGCUCAAUUUAAGUUUCCACUUUAUUGGUGACAUAUUUUUUCUAGAUAGUCAUCAGCAUUGAAGUUAUAGAUAUCUUGUUCCCCUGUUCUGGCUUUUUUUUCUGAUUGAUCAAAAAGAAACUGAUGAUAUUGAUGUGUUUUAUGGUAUUAUGAGUUACUGACUGUUGACCUCUGAAUUUUGGCUGGUUUUGAAGCUUUUUAAAAAAAAAAAAAAUUCCAGUCUUGUGUUUCUAAGAGGACCUUGUAUUUGGCCUUUGUAUCUUUUAAAAUGAACGAAUAAAUAAAGAAAACUGAAAAACUGUCAUAAUGAAUUGACUGGGGGUUACUUGAAUGUUACAGCAGCAACCUUUAAAUCUGUCUUUGGGUGGCAGACUUAGGUAAUAUUAUCAGUCAUAAUGCUGAAUUAAUUGGACCUGUUUUCCAUUUAAAAAGGUGGCAGAUCAAAAGAUGAGGAGCGUAGAGGGUCGUUUUUGCCUGUUUAGCAUUUAAACACCCCAAGGGUUUUUCUUUUUACCACUCUGCCUUUUUAAAUGUAUCGUCACCCUAAGAGGGCAUGUCUUCUUUUCUCAUUACAGCCUGUGAAGGUCACUCCCAAGUAGGGAAAUCCCUCUAAGGUUUGACCCACAUAAUUGCAAUCAUAUGAAAAUACAUUCACAUGGUGACAUGGUGGCGGUUAAAUUCUUGUCGUUAUGGGCUUUUUUUUUUUUUCUUUGCUAGGACUGAACAAACAAAAGGUAAAUGUUGUGGAAAAUUACUCCAGCAAAACCUUCGGAUGACUGUUGUUGUGAACU